AUUCUGCACUGCCACUGCUAAUCAGCUGUUGAUGAUGCUUUAAUUUGCUUAUUCUUGUGUUUGCAUUUAUGAACGAAAUAGAAUAAUGGAAAAGCUAAUAAUUAAUUUAAUUUUUGAUCUGGACGAUAAAACAAGUGAUGCAAAAUUGUGCAAUCGACUAAAGAGAAAUAUAAUUAAAAAAAAAAGAAGAAAUUUAUUGCUAAAAAUUUUUCUGGAUAAGAAGAGGCGAAUUCCUAAAGUGCUGGAUUACUUUAAAGUUAUACAAAAGUAUCCUGAAGACAUAUUUUUUGAUCAUUUUCGAAUGAGACGUGAAACAUUUCAAAAUUUGCUACGCGAACUAAAGCCGUUCUGGUGUACAUUUAGAAAAGGACGUUUAUCUUUCAACUUGGAGCAAUGUUUGUAUAUUACGUUGUGGAAGUUAAGCAAUUGUGGGGUAACCUUUCGACAUUUAAGCGAUCGUUUUAAUGUAGCAAAAGGUACCGUUCACAAAAUUUUCCACAAAACUGUAAGAGCUAUUUGUUGUUUAAAAAAGGAAAUAAUAUGGCCUUCAGUAUUGGAGCAACACACCAUAAUGGAAAAUUUCCAAAAUAGCAGAGAAAAUCCAUUCCCUUUCGUUAUAGGUUGUGUCGACGGUACACAUGUCAAAAUCCCAAAACCAAAAGAAGAUCCUAUAAGCUACUAUAAUAGGAAAGGAUUUUAUUCUAUUAAUGUGCAAGUGAGUUUGGCAUUUAAAUAAAAUA